AUGGCGAGACUCGCAACAGCCUUGCUGUUGGCAUCCAGCCUAGCAUCCAGCACAACAGCACAGAACCAGACUCAAGGCCAGGGCCUGCAUUCACUGAUGAACCCACACAAAACAAAUUCUCCUUCACCCAAGCGGACAGCAUCGCCGCGAAGGUCCAGUCCAACGGCCAACGCUUCCGCUGCCACACCCUGUACCUGGCAUUCCCAACUCCCCCCUUUCGUCUCUAACGGCACCUGGACCCCCGCGACCCUCACCGCCGUCCUCACCGCCCACAUCACCACCGUCAUGCAGCACUACGCCGGCCAAUGCUACGCCUGGGACGUGGUCAACGAAGCGCUCUCCGAAGACGGCACGCUACGCCCCUCCAUCUUCCUCACCACCCUCGGCGCCUCCUACAUCCCACUCUCCUUCACCAUCGCCUCCCGCGCCGACCCCACCGCCAAGCUCUACUACAACGACUUCAACCUGGAAACCACCCCCGCCAAAGCCGCCGGCGCCCUCGCCCUCCUCCGCACCAUCCAAGCCGCGCGCGCCCCCAUUCACGGCAUCGGUUUCCAAGCCCAUCUCACCGUCGGCCAAACCCCGCCCCGCGCCAACCUCGCCGCCCUGCUGCGCCGGUUCGCGGCGCUGGGCGUCGAGGUCGCGUACACGGAGCUGGAUAUCGCGCAUGCCGAGGGGACGCUACCGGCGGGGGAGGCGGCGCGGGAGAGGCAGGCGGGGGAUUAUGUUGCGGUGGUGGGGUCGUGUCUGGAUUUGGGUGCCCGGGGACGUUUCCGGGGAAGGGGGAGGCGUGUUUGUUGGACGGCGGGGAUGGAGAAGAAAGUCGCGUAUGCCAGGGUGGUGGAGUUGUUGAGGGGGGCGGCGGCGGUGGUGGGGAAUGGGUCGAGGGGUGUGGAUGGGGGGGCGGGUGUUGGUAUGGGUGGGAGUGGGAGGGGGAUGGGGCCGAAUCGGACGGGGGGUGUGGGUGAGGCGGGACGGCCGGCGUUUAUGGCGCCGCCGCCGGGGUUUAAUGGUGCGGUUAGGGUUUGGGGUGGGUUGGUUGGGCUGGUGGUCCCGGCUGUGGCGGCGCUGGUUCUUUUGUAA